CACUGGGGUCUCCGCCAGCCGUAGCGGCACAACCCUCCCGGACCCGCCUCCAAACGAGAGGCCGUUCUUUUUGAUUCACUACCACGUUGGUCAGUCUAGAGCAUCUUUACUAUUAUUGGAUCAAAGCGGUGUCAAUCAUUUAAGUAGGCGGGCAGGAAGAAAGCGUAACUAGACGUUGAAGCUCUUUGACUGUGCUGAUUGGAGAAACGUUUGUUUUCUUCAAGUCUGGUUGGUGUUAGAAACGUUUCCCCACCCAGAAAUAAUGCCACGUGACAAAUGAACUUUCACCCAGGAUAUUUAUUGCCUGACUUCCCCUUAGCAACCGAGUGGCGGUGCUUGGUUCCCCAGCAACCAAGCGAAGCGUCCACUGCAAGAAGAGAGUCCUUAGGAAGGAUCUAUAUAGUGUUUCAGGUCCAGCUGACCCAGGAAAACCAGUGAAGAGGCCACCUGGUUGGUUUGUUUGUAAAGUUUUCUGCUGCUUCUCCAAAUCCUACCUCUGGUCUUCACCAAGGACCUAUCAUCAGGGACUGUAUGUGAAGGAGGAACCCAAUUUCUCAGCGAAGAUGAGCCGGCCAUAUGAUUCGAUGGAGCCAAAAGUAAUGGACGAUGACAUGCUCAAGGCAGCUGUUGGGGAGCAAGGACCUCAGGAAGAGGCUGGGCAGUUAGCCAAGCAGGAGGGCAUCCUCUUCAAAGAUGUGCUGUCUCUUCAGCUGGACUUCCAGAAUAUCCUCCGCAUAGAUAACCUCUGGCAGUUCGAGAACCUGCAGAAGCUGCAGCUGAACAACAACAUCAUUGAGCGGAUCGAGGGCCUGGAAAAUCUCACACACCUGGUCUGGCUUGAUUUGUCCUUUAACAACAUCGAGGCCAUUGAGGGCCUGGAUACCCUGGUCAACCUAGAGGACCUGAGCUUGUCCAAUAACCGGAUCUCCAAGAUAGACUCUCUAGAAGCCCUGGUGAAGCUACAGGUGCUGUCACUGGGCAACAACCAGAUUGGCAACAUGAUGAAUGUCAUUUACCUGCGCCAGUUCCCAUGCCUGCGAACACUCAGUCUAGCUGGGAAUCCUAUUUCUGAGGCAGAGGAGUACAAGGUGUUCAUCUAUGCCUAUCUUCCUGACCUCGUGUACCUGGACUUCCGGCGCGUUGAUGAGCAGGCAAGAGAGAUGGCGAAGAUGAAACAUCAGUACAGCAUUGAUGAGAUGAAGCACCGGGAGGCACAGAUGCAGGCCAAGCUGGAGGAAGAGCAGGCCAGGCAGAAGAAAUUGGCAGAACACAAGAUGGCGUUUGUUGAGCACCUGAAUGGCCCCUUCCUGUUUGACAGCAUGUAUUCCGAGGAUGUGGAGGGCAACAAGCUGUCCUACCUGCCUGGUGUUGGUGAGCUCCUUGAAGCCUACAAGGACAAGUUUGUCAUCAUCUGCCUGAACAUUUUCGAGUACGGCCUGAAUCAGCAAGAAAAGCGAAAGGUAGAGUUAGACACUUUCAAUGAGUGCAUACAGGAGGCCAUCCAGGAAAACCAGGACCAGGGCAAGCUCAAGGUUGCCAAGUUUGAGGAAAAGCACCUGCUGAACUUAAAUGCCAUCCGGGAAGAGAAUGAUCUGCUCAACAUCGAGAAGAAGCUGACAGAGUGCAAUGAGAGCAUCAGUGAGCUGUUCAACACACUCAUGAUACUGGAGAUGCAGCUGGUGGAGCAGCUGGAGGAGACCAUAAACGUAUUUGAAAGGAACAUCACUGACUUGGUGGGACUAUUUAUUGAAAAUGUCCAAAGUCUGAUUGCUCAGUGUCGGGACUUGGAGAACCAUCACCAUGAGAAGCUCCUGGAGAUUGCCAUCAACACCCUGGAGAAGAUCCUCAAGGGCGAGAUGGAUGAGGACCUACCCGAUGAUGUGCGGGCGCUUUUUGUUGACAAAGACACAAUUGUUAAUGCCGUUGGGGCAUCACAUGACAUCCACCUCCUAAAGAUUGACAACCGAGAAGAUGAGCUGGUGACUGGAAUCAACUCUUGGUGUGCACAACUAGUAGACAAGAUUCACAAAGAUGAGAUCAUGAGGAACCGUAAGCGAGUGAAGGAGAUCAAUCAAUUCAUCGACCACAUGCAGAGUGAACUGGACAACCUGGAGUGUGGAGACAUUAUAGACUAGGUGUUAGCGCUUGCCCCUGAGUGUUAUGGGAUUUCUCUCAUUCACCCCUCUCUCAACACUGUUGGUCAUAAUUCUCAAUAUAGAGAAAAAUAAAGGUCUGGUGUCAGCA